CCUUUCAUUUCUGGCUUCAGCCUCUAUUUGCUAAACAAGUGAACCCAAAAACACAUAAAUGGAAGGUAUAGUGAUGAGAGCCUCCCCUGCACCGCUCUCUUGUUUAAAGAUUGAACAAGCAUGCACCUUCAGAUUAUCAACCAAACAAGCUUCUCAAUUCCCGGUUUCCAAGCUAAAUUUGCAGCCAAAUCAAUAUAACUUCUCAUGCGGUAGCUUGAAUAGAGCAAGAGGGUUUGACCCUUCUCCGAAGCGAACCAAAAAACGGAAACCUGUGAAACCCGACGAAGACGAGGAAGAUAAAGAAGAGGAAGCAGAAUCUGAUGCAGGUAUUAUACCAGAGGUGGUGACUAACAGGAUGAUAAGCAGGAUGGGAUUUUCAGUUGGGAUUCCUUUGGUAAUUGGGCUCUUGUUUUUUCCAUUCUUUUACUAUCUCAAAGUUGGGUUGAAGAUUGAUGUGCCCAUGUGGAUUCCUGUUAUGGUUUCUUUCAUUUUCUAUGGCGCUGCCUUGGUGGGAGUCAGCUAUGGGAUUGUGUCUGCCAGUUGGGAUCCGAUGCGGGAAGGUUCCGUCUUGGGUUGGAAUGAGGCUCAGAAAAACUGGCCUGUCUUCUGGCAAUCUCUUUGGGGUAAAUCUGCUGAUAAAUAGAAGAACUUGGAGUUCGUAGUACAAGUGAUCGAGCUGUUCAUGUUUCAUGUUGGACCAUCAUGGCAUCUACAUUUUGUAAUUAUGCUUGUAUUGCUAUAAAAAGUUGUAAAUUUCAAUUUUGAAAGUUGAAUUUUGUAGUGAAUUUUAAUUUUCAUCUUAUAUGAAA